AUGUGCAAAUGCAAUCGCGAAGACUACGAGCGUGUGUUCAAAAAAGGUCAGAUCCCGGAGUGGGUGAGCGGCAAGCUGUACCGACUGGGCCCCGGCAAGUGGGACCUGGGCGGCGGCUUCUCCCUGCGGCACUGGUUCGACGGGGCUGCCAUCCUCUCGGCCUACGACGUCCACAAGGGAAAGGUUCGAUACAGUUCCCGGUACCUGGACUCCGAGGCCUACAAGAAGAUGAGCACCGUCAACCGCCCCGUCGUAACCGAAUUCGGUACCAAGUGCUACCCGGACCCCUGCAAGAACAUCUUUUCCAGGUUCUUCGCGGCGCUGGUGCCGAGCGACCUGACGGACAACAACUUCGGCAACAUCUACACGCUUGGCGACGAGCUUUUCUGCACUUCGGAGACCUGCUUCGUCUGGAAAGUGGACCAGGACUCGCUAGAAGCUCUCCAGAGGUACGACUUGAACAGGUUGGUGUCGGUGAACCUGGCGAGCGCGCACCCCAUCACCCAAGAGGACGGCACCACGUACAACCUGGGAGCCAGCUUCAUUUCCGGCCUCAAGUACCAUAUCGUCAAGAUUCCUCCGCCGUGCAAAGGCGAGUCCGGUCUGAAGCGUGCUUCGGUCGCCUACCACAUCCCGUCCAGCUGGAAGACGACGUUCAGCUACUAUCACAGCUUCGGCAUGACGCCCAACUACGUGGUGUUCGUCGAGCAGCCCCUCCUGGUGAAUACCAUGCGCCUCAUCGGCUCCAGGAUCAAGGGCUACUCGUUCAAGGACUGCUUCGACUGGGUCCCCAAAGAGAAGACCAAGUUUGUGGUGGUGGAGCGUUCCACGGGCACGGUGCUGCGCACGCGGUUCGUCACCGACCCUCUCUUCUUCUUCCACGCGGUGAACGCGUUCGAGGACGACGGCCACGUGGUCUUCGACAUGGUUGCCUACGAGGACGCCAGCAUCAUGGACCGCUACUACCUCGACAGGAUAAGGGAGUCCGGGGAGGCCGACUUCGACCCGGACAACCAGGGACACUUCCGGCGCUUCGUCAUCCCCGUCGCCAAGGCAAACAGCGUGAAGGAGGGCAACCUCGUGGGCCUCAAGUACACGGAGGCCCGUGCCUACCGGCAAGACAACACCACCAUCUGGCUGACGCACGAGGAGAUGGGGUACAAAGGAUACGACCUUCCGACCAUCAAUCCCAAGUACCAAGGCAAGCAGUACCGGUACACGUACGGCAGCGGCAACUUCGAGAGGCACGGCGAGUGUCGGAAUGCCAUCUGCAAACUGGACGUGGAAACACGCGAGAUGUUGCUGUGGCGGGAGUCGGACACGCAGUUUCCCAGCGAGGCCGUCUUCAUCGGGGAUCCAGAGGGCGAAGAAGAAGAUGAUGGCGUUUUGCUGACUGUGGUGAACGACACGGACUACACCAGGCCCGACUUCCUGCUUGUCCUGGACGCCAAGACGCUGACCGAAGUUGCCCGCGCUGAGGUUCCUCCCGACGUCCGUGCCUGCACCUCCAUCCACGGCUGCUUCGUCAAGAGCUAACUCCGCCGAAGCGCCGUUAUGAAGAAGCGUCGACACGCCGUUGUCCUCGCCUAACGUGUGUUGCUUCAAUCAUCCAGACUUCUGCUUUCAUCGUGGACGUUUUCUGUGGGUGUUUAAUUUGUUGUGCUGAUGUGGUACGCUCAUUGUACCGAUUCCACUCCAGAUAUGUGUCGGGAUUUCGUAAUGUCGAUGGACUAUUCAAUUUCAGAAGGCGUAUGCAGUUCAAUGAGGCUUAAGCGACUGGUGACGAAAGCCAACGCAGUACGCACUGCAAAGAAAGAUUUUUCUUCGAGGAUUUUGUUUUAUUCCAAAUAGAUAUUUGUCAGAAAUACAAAGCAAGAAAAAAUAGCAUGCGCUUAUUCGCCGCGUGGCAAGUUUAUUAUAAAUGUAGUAGUAUAGAGCAGACAAGUUGAUCGACAUAUCCUUCUUUCGGUCCUGUUUGGCACUUAAGUACCUAACAUCCCACAACAGUUUGUUAUGUGUGGUUACAGGGCCUGCUCCAACGUAGUACUGCUCUAUUGUUAAGGAGUUCGGCCGCAACGGUCGGCGUUAUCCGCACGCGCAAGUACCUACGACAUGGUGUCAUCCAAGUGGUGACAAGGACAAAGGAGAUUACAGAACUGAAAAAUAGCCGUUAGGACUACUUCAAUGUUUCGAAACAUGUUGUUUUCGCGCCCUUCUUGUACCUUUACAUAUAAAACUUCAAGCUUUACGUUUACAUGGCACUGCUUGUUCAGUCAGAACAAGGGCACCAUUUAAAUAUUCUGCGAACCUAUCUUUUAAACUCGAAGAUCCUAGUGUUUCUGCAUGUUUCACGGAAAUUGUUCAGGAAGUUAGCCGUGUUUCCAGCUAGGUGGCCGUAUGUUCUUCGUAUCCUUCGAUAGAUGGCCUGUUAAGACCAUACUGCCAUGCUGUUCGUGGAUUUAAUUUUAAAAAAGUCUGUUUGUUUUGUUCAAAUAGCAUAGUGCCUUCGUUUCAUGAGGUACUCAUCGUUUUUUAGAGUAUGUUCCAAUUGGUAUUUUCUAUUUACCGUGUUCGCUACUAUCUUACUCUGCGCUCUAUCCUACUUUGAUAUGGACAAAAACAUUCCAUAUUGUUUGUCUUUCAUUUUAUCCAGUCAUACGGGAACCAAAGUCGCGCACAUAAAGACUUGAAGUCUCUUGCAUUGAAUUCCGAUCAGCAGGAAUUCUCAUCUGUCUACUGGCACAUUUCAAGUAAAUAUCGUUGCACGGACCUUUAAAAUAUUUGUAUACGAACACCAUACAAUUUUUUUUUUCUUUUUUUACUUCGCGAAGAAAAAAACAACCCAGUAGUGAUUGCAUCAAAUUAUUAGAAGAUUUAAAAUUUUUUUCUUUCAACGUAGAGUUGAAAGAUUGUAGUCGCAACGCUUUUAAGAGUCCUGUUAACUAUGGGCCUGUCUCUUCUGCGCGACCAAGACAAGUCCACGUAAAGUUAAGGGUGGGUUUUGCAAUAAAUAUCCCACGUCAUUUUUAUGAUCUACCAAUAAUCUUUUCAAUUAAUGAAUCUAUUUUUAAGAGAUAUAAAUUUGAUCUCAACGCGAUGUCAACUUUAUGCUAAAUAAGCGUCUUCAUAUUUGCAGGAAUGCGUCCUCUCAUCUUAUUUGAUCGAAUAAGAAAAUUAAAAAAAAAAAACACAAAAAAAAAACUAAAUGACUGGAACAUCUAGGAGAACUUUCAGGCCAAGGUUCCGCGGUCGACAAACCUUGUACACACGAACGUGAACAAAAUACAGCGAGAAAACACGCAGUGCACAAACAUAGUUCAACACAUACACUUUUAUUCGCAAAUCUGUUUUACCGUCAUCGUUUUUAUUUCCUGUUCGCUACAACGUUACACAUCUUUUAAAUAUCAUGCACCUUGCAAAUAAACAAUGACGCAGCAUACAUAGUAAAUUACUUGCGGAAAAUGUUUACUAGAGUAGUACCACUCACCGUUGUAGGAGUGCUUGCGUGUUUAAAAUGUGGCCUACUCUCCUAAAAUCGAAAAGCCUUGCCAUUAGAGGAUAGAGGGACAACAUGAGCGUUUUUUUAGGUGUAAGUCGAAUAUAGAAGAGUGUUUUCCAGAGUGAGUGCUGUGCUUUGUCUACACCGCGUGAACACAAAUGGAAGGAAGCUUACUGCCGCAAAAAUGUAAUAUCACGUCAUGUUCAACUCCAAUCUUGACAAGCUCUCUUUCCAGUAUAAUUUAUGUUGUAUUUCAAUACGUUCAAAGAAGCACCACGAAGGAGAAUGCCUAACUUCGAUACUAGGCGCAGUUGUUUUUUGAAUAUUUACGUAAUAAUGAUGAGCUUGGCGCGUUCAUUACCUUCUAUUCGAUCAAUUAUAAAGAGAAAAAAGUGACCAAGGACACGGACCUUGUUAGGAUUCGGUUCCUUUUUUUCUGUCUACCCGCUUGUAAUUCCCCUGGUUCAUAACGAUCACUGAAUACUUUACUGGAGGAAUGCAUCUCACUCUGCAAAACCCAAAAGACCUUAGCGCGUACAGGUUUUGCGUAAAUCGAACGGCUGGAUGCGCCGCACCCUGGGGUUUUUCCUUUGGGCUGUUUUUGGCGAACCCAGUGUCGCGCUGCGCCAGCCAUAACUUUUUGCCUCGACGUCGCGCGACUGUGCAACAGCGUGGACAGCGCGGUGCACAUGCGUUCGUGGACGCACGACGUCCCUACCGCUAAGGGAGAAUCUGUGGCUGUAGACGCGCUGUUUAUUGCAAAAAAGUGGAGUGGAAUGCAUGUUCACUCGUAGAGUGUUUGACAUCACCUUCACAUUUAGUCGUGAGUUGCGUAUAUAUCGCUGUCUUUCAAUUCAUUUACAAUGUUUUGCUAUGAAAGUGCGGGAGAGCACGAAUGUCAAGAGAGCGGGCACUCUAACCUCGGGUGGUUGAUUAGCUCUUGCAUUGUCAUCUUCGAGCACAGCAUCAUUGCUUCGCAAUGGUUGCAUGAUUUUACUCUAGAAAAUCAAUUAAUAUGCGCAUCUCGUUACGGUAUUUAAUUUGCAAUGCUAUUGAGGACGCUGAGAUAUUGCAUGGACAUUGCAAUGCGUUCUUGCUUAUUCCGCAAGAAACUUUCGAGUGGCAUUUUGAUACCACAUGCGGGUGAUGGCGAGAUAGGCCUUUUAAUCACCAAAGCAACCGAGGGUUUAUUUAUUAUUAUACUUGCUCCCUUUCUGUUUUUGUGUGCUACAGAAGUGCUAACAACGUGAUAAUACUUUAACUGAGCUACUCACAUGACGUGGACGCACAACGCAUGGCUUUUGUAAGGAAGUAACUUCCUAGCAAACACAAAGUUAGCUAGAAGGUUUUAGCACGCGUUAGGCGCACUAAAACAUCAAUGUUCGGUUCUACGUCAAAAUGCACACAGCGCGAAAUCGGAAACCCUUGUCGAAGAUAUCUCAAAAGAAAGGCCAAGCGUCGAAAGCAAGCGAAACUAAAGCGGGUCAAAAUGUUCGUCGCAAUUGUUGGUAAAACCUGGAGCCAAUUUGAGUGCCAACAAGCGGAUUGGUACCAGCCAACAUACCAUGGUUUAUCUGAAGUUCUUUAGACAAACCAUUGUAUGUGGGAGAAUUUUUGUCUGUGCUUCGUCAACGCUGAACGUGAACUCACGUUAGCUCAGCUUGCUUGCGGUAUGUAACGCGUAGCUAUAGUCUGUUGCAACCUAAGAUCAGCGGUAGAUGCUCCCUCCAGUGCGAGCGUUCCACCUUCUAUAACACUUUGGCGCACGCGAAGCCAGACACGAUAGAGGCCACCAGCCCAUGCUGGAAGCGGAGAAUCUACUCCAGAUCCCAUAUUGCCAAAAUAAUGUAGCCAACCGGUUCACUUCCGUCAGGCAGCUAAGUAAGUUCAUGUAGUUUCCUUUAUCAGAAAAUAUACGAUAAACAGAAAAUUCGAGUUAAACUAUCGCUCUGUCAGUUUGUAAAACACGUCAUUCAGGCGCGAUAUCGUUCGCAUUCCCCGCCUAGUCACAUACCAAAUGUUUUCUGUCUUUUUCGCCAUUACACAGAUUGUUACUAUAUACGGUUGAAUACGCUGUUGUUGUUUUAUCGUUCUUCUUCAACGCUUUUGAUGUUCUAUUUUUCUCGAUAACGCUUGCCUUUAACUCGUCACAGGGACCAGACACGCAGCUUCGUUUGCUGUUGACCCUCGCCACGCAAACACAUGCCUUGCGACAGUUCCGGCGUUAUGUACUCGAGGGCAGGUCUCGUGUUUCUUUCCUUCCUACUGUCAUGGGCGGUUGCUUCUUCUUCACUUCCUUGUGAUGUAUCGAAGAGUGGAUGCACAGAAUCACGUUUCUAAGGGAAGUCCUAAGGCGGAGCUGCUGCAUGCAGCUUAAUAGUGCAAAACAUUCGAGUUGUGAGGACUCUACUAAUAAUACCGCUUUCUUUUUACUUAGCCUUCCCUAGUGAAAGGGACGGUAUGGCUUCAAAUGUAAUGUUCUUUGGGGAGUUGUUGAUGCUUGAGGUCAAACUUGCAGACGCAUAUUCUUGGUUAGAAAGGUUUUAGACAAUAGACCCGUUUUAAAGGUCCAUCAAGAAACACUGGCGGCUGCCGCAUUCUCGCCAUCGCUUCCGGCACGAAGUGAUGAUUGGGUCCGAGUUCACCCCGAGCACUCACGCAGCACUCGUGUCCUAGAGACCCGUAUUCGUGUCCAAUCAACGCUUGAAGUGAGGACCCAAAUUAUGGCGACCUCGGAGUAGCUGCGGGAAGUCGCGCACAUUGGAAAGGGCAUCUAUGAUAUAGGUGUUCCCGAGAAAACAGAACCGUGUUUUGUUUUUUGUUUUUUCGGUUAAAUAACUUAGUUAUCACAGAAAGCUUACCCUCCGUGAGAAUAUGGCGCUAGCGGUUUGAAUAAAACGCAAAUAAAACGUGACAGUAGCAUCCAAUUCAGUGAAAAACACUUGCUAGCAAGGAAAGGGGUAUUCUAUUCUUGUUAUUUUUCUUUCUGCGAUAGUACAUGUUAAACGAGCUUACAAUGGAAUUUCUUGUCUUGGAAAUAUUGCGCUUGACUGGACGUCGACUCAUAGAAAAACUAGGUAUUCGUCAAUAAUAUUUUGGUCCGGGUAACGUCAUGUUUUCAAUCUUUCACGUUGUAUCCCAACCACUAGCGUCACAUUCUCACGGGGUUUGAUCUUUCUACAAUGUAUAGUUUAUUUACCCGUGCCGAAAAACACGGUUUUCUUCUCUCAGGAACGCGCGAUAUUUCGUCUCGCCUUGACGUGGACACACUGCAAACGAUUUAGGCAAGAGCGUCUGUCUUUAACUGAUGCUGUUACUGCACGAGCGCUCAGUUGCGCCAGUGUUUGCGCAGUCCAGGCGCACUUAAAGGCAAGGACUUGUGCUUAGAGCCCUCCCUGCACUCCAUGUUUAGGUCAGACAGAGUAUAGCGGAAAGAGACACUACUAAGUUUGACUGAAGAAACCUAUUAUCAGGCUAAGCAUUCAGUUGCAAAUAGAUGACUCUAGUGACUUUCAACUUGUAGACAUAUUUAUGUUCGCUUGGUGUCUGAUACACUUGUUGUGGUGACGUUGAACUUGAAGGGAAAUCGCCAAAAUCAAACUUGUUCAUAUCUAGUUUAUCAUUUUAUGACAUCAUUUAUUUGAAAAUUAAUAAAGGGCACAUUUUCUUCAGAUUGAAAUUUUCUCAUUGUCUACCAAUGACGAGGAUCGAAAUACGUUUGCUUUUUAACCUCUGCAUCAAACCACUUCCUCUGAAAGCGUACUCUAAGUGCGUGUUUGGGAAAACAUUUUCGGGUGCCCGUCAGCUUUCAACUUGGGGGAUGAUUUUGUUCUGUUUUCUUGGAUUGUUCCCCACCACUUCUUGUUCUGGGUCGGCUUUAUGCUACUAUUAAAUAUUCAGUCGAACAGCACGAAGCCAAAAAAAACAACAAAAAACAAUAUAACCUGGCCUCUUAGUGUUUGUAUAACGUAAUAAAUCGACGCACCUUUGGGACCAGGGUUGGUUGCUUUCUUUUUAGAUUUUGAAAAAAAAAAAAAAAAAACGCGCGCUACCGUGUGAAUGUAAAAAAUGUGUAAGUGUCGCUGCACUAACAAAAGAUGAACCAAAUGCACACACUUCAUAAAUAGCGUUAAUAAAGAUCGUGUAUUCG